AGCUCAGGCGGGUGGGGGCGGGGCGGGGCGGCGCCGAGGAGAAUGAAUAAUUGAAGUGGAGGGGAGGAGGAAGAAGAGGAGAAGGAGGAAGAGGAGCCGCCCGCGCAGGGUCCUCCCUACGCCGCACCCCCUCCGCCGCCCGGAAGUCGCUCCCCGCCUCCCGCUCCGCCAACAUGGCCGCGAAGUCGGAUGGAGCGGCGGCCUCGGCCGGCCCGGGCCCGGAGGGGGCGGCCGGCGGAGCCCGGGGCAGUACUGGCGGCCGCGGGGAGGCGGCGGUGCCGGCCGGGACGCCGGGGGGCGUCGGGGCGGGCGGUCCAGGGCCGCGCUACGAACUGCGGGACUGCUGCUGGGUGCUGUGCGCGCUGCUCGUGUUCUUCUCCGACGGCGCCACCGACCUGUGGCUGGCGGCCUCCUACUACCUGCAGGGUCAACGCACCUUCUUCAGCCUCACCUUGCUGUUCGUGCUCCUGCCCUCGCUGGUCGUGCAGCUGCUGAGCUUCCGCUGGUUCGUCUACGACUACUCGGAGCCCGCUGGGGCCCCGGGACCCGCCGUCAGCACCAAGGACAGCGUCGCCGGCGGAGCCGCCAUCAGCACCAAGGACAGCGCCAGCGCCCUCAGGACCAAAGAAGACAGCCCCGAGCCGAGUCCCCAGCCUGCUCCCUCCUCCGCCAGCGACUACCGCCGCCGCUGCUGCCGCCUCUGCGUCUGGCUGCUGCAGACCCUCGUCCACCUUCUGCAGCUCGGCCAGGUCUGGAGGUACCUGCGCGCCCUGUACCUGGGGCUGCAGAGCCGCUGGCGCGGGGAGCAGCUGCGGCGCCACUUCUACUGGCGGAUGCUGUUCGAGAGCGCCGACGUGAGCAUGCUGCGCCUGCUGGAGACCUUCCUGCGCAGCGCGCCGCAGCUCGUGCUGCAGCUCAGCCUGCUCGUGCAACGCGGGGGCGCGCCCGACCUGCUGCCGGCCCUGUCCACCUCCGCCUCCCUCGUGUCUCUGGCCUGGACGCUGGCCUCCUACCAGAAGGUGCUGCGGGACUCGCGGGAUGACAAGCGGCCGCUGUCCUACAAGGGCGCCGUGGCCCAGGUGCUGUGGCACCUGUUCACCAUUGCUGCCCGCAGCCUGGCCUUCGCGCUCUUCGCCAGCGUCUACAAGCUCUACUUUGGCAUCUUCAUCGUGGCCCACUGGUGCGUCAUGACCUUCUGGGUCAUCCAAGGGGAGACAGACUUCUGCAUGUCCAAGUGGGAGGAGAUCAUCUACAACAUGGUGGUGGGUAUCAUCUACAUCUUCUGCUGGUUCAACGUCAAGGAGGGCCGCAGCCGCCGCCGCAUGACCCUCUACCACUGCAUCGUCCUGCUGGAGAACGCCGUGCUCACCGGCUUCUGGUACUCCAGCCGCAACUUCUCCACCGACUUCCACUCGCUCAUCAUGGUCUGCGUGGUGGCUUCCAGCUUUGCCCUGGGCAUAUUCUUCAUGUGUGUCUACUACUGUCUCCUGCACCCCAACGGGCCCAUGCUGGGUCCCCAGACGCCUGGCUGCAUCUUCCGUGAGGCCUCCGAGCCCUGUGGCCCACCUGCUGACGCCAUCACGAGUCCCCCCAGGUCCCUGCCGAGGACGACAGGUGCCGAGCGGGAUGGGGCCUCCGGGGGGGAGCGUGCGGGGACCCCCACACCACCUGUCUUCCAGGUUCGGCCUGGCUUGCCUCCCACACCAGUGGCCCGCACCUUGCGGACAGAGACGCCUGUCAUCCGGAUUGACUUGCCUCGCAAGAAGUACCCGGCGUGGGAUGCUCAUUUUAUUGACCGCAGGCUCCGGAAGACCAUCCUGGCACUGGAGUACUCCUCGCCUACCACACCCCGGUUGCAGUAUCGGAGUGUGGGGACCUCCCAGGAGCUUCUGGAGUAUGAGACCACAGUGUAGGCCACAGUGUCCCUGCACAAAAGGGACAGGCUUGGCUGAUCCCACAUCAGCCAGUGUUGAGCCCAGAAUUUCAGGGCCACCAGGCUAAGGGGGAGUGGAUCGAUUGGUCCAAGGGUAGAAUGACCCCACUCUUGGGUUCUUUCAGGGGAAGGGGCAGCCUUGCGGAGGCCCCAGUCCUGGGCCCCAUUUUCAGCCUUGUGGCCCAUUCCCUAGAUUCCCCUGACCCGGGGCCCGGGGAAUCAUCUGGUGCUACAUUUCUCGAGCUGCCCUGCUUUUGUGGGGCCUCCACACCUCUCCCCUGCCUGGUGUUGCCCAUGUGUCACCCCUGCUGGACCUGCCAGACAAAGGGCACUGUCUGGGGUCCAUGACCCAGACCCUGUGCUCCUCAGGGGUUGUGAGGAGUGGGCUGCCUCUGUCGUGGGAGGACACCUCGGAGAAGGAUGGAGGAGGCCGUGGAAGGGAUGGGGUGAGGUUGGAGCAUCGUGUGGACAGGGAUGGCAUGGGUCCUGGAGGGUCUGAGGCCUGGAGCCAGGGCAAGAGGGAGCUGAAGGAGGGAACUGGGGUGGGGCAGGGUGUUGGGGUGGGGGGCUGGCAGUGCUAGAGAUGGAUAGGAGAAAGAACUGUGGGGGUCUAUGCUGGCAGAAGCAUGGAGGGGUAGAAGGCUUGGGGGAGGGGAACCUGCAAUCCAGAACAUAGCAAAUAAGAAUGAACUCCUCAGGACAUGUCUCUUGUUGUGGGCUCUGUGAAGGAUGAGGUUCCACACACCUUGGGUGAAACGUUUCAAGGAGCCAUUCUUUGUUCUAGAUGAGCACCUGGAAUAUGGCUUCUAGAUGCAGGUCUUCAACACAGCAGAUAAGAUGCCUGGGAAGAUCCCUGGGCUCAAGUGCAGGUGAGGUUUUAGCACAUUUAUCAGAGGAACUGAUCCAGAAGCACGCUUAGUUCUAGAUUGAGUUCUAGAGUGCUAGUCUAAUCAAAUGUCCCAGGGA